AUGGCUUCCAUGUCGCUGGAGGACGUCCGCAACGAGACGGUGGACCUGGAGACGAUCCCGGUGCAGGAGGUGUUCAGCCACCUGAAAUGCAGCAAGCAGGGGCUCUCCGCCACGGAGGCCGCGAACCGGCUCGCCAUCUUCGGGCCCAACAAGCUGGAGGAGAAGACGGAGAGCAAGCUGCUCAAGUUCCUGGGCUUCAUGUGGAACCCGCUCUCGUGGGUCAUGGAGGCCGCCGCCAUAAUGGCCAUCGUCCUCGCCAACGGCGGUGGCAAGCCCCCGGACUGGCAGGACUUCGUCGGUAUCGUCACCCUCCUCUUCAUCAACUCCACCAUCAGUUUCAUCGAGGAGAACAACGCUGGGAACGCCGCGGCGGCGCUCAUGGCCGGGCUGGCCCCCAAGACCAAGGUGCUCCGUGAUGGGAAAUGGGCCGAGAUGGACGCCUCCAUACUUGUACCUGGCGACAUCAUCAGCAUCAAGCUCGGCGACAUCAUCCCAGCCGACGCGAGGCUGUUGGAGGGUGAUCCUCUCAAGGUGGACCAGGCGGCGCUCACCGGAGAGUCCAUGGCGGUGAACAAGCACGCCGGGCAGGGCGUCUUCUCGGGCUCCACCGUGAAGCAGGGCGAGAUUGAGGCCGUUGUCAUCGCCACCGGCGUGCACACUUUCUUUGGCAAGGCCGCGCACCUCGUCGACAGCACCAACAACGUCGGACACUUCCAGCAGGUGCUCACGGCUAUUGGAAACUUCUGCAUCAUCUCCAUCGCCCUCGGGAUGCUGGUGGAGGUGGUCGUCAUGUACCCGAUCCAGCACCGUGCCUACCGCGACGGCAUCGACAACCUCCUGGUCCUCCUCAUUGGCGGCAUCCCAAUCGCCAUGCCCACCGUGCUCUCCGUCACCAUGGCCAUCGGAUCCCACCGCCUGUCCCAGCAGGGCGCCAUCACCAAGCGCAUGACCGCCAUUGAAGAGAUGGCCGGUAUGGACGUGCUCUGCAGCGACAAGACCGGCACGCUGACCCUCAACAAGCUCACCGUCGACAAGUCGCUCAUCGAGGUGUGCGGCAAGGGAUUGGACAAGGACUCGGUGAUGCUCUACGCCGCCAGGGCGUCCCGUGUUGAGAACCAGGAUGCCAUCGACACGUGCAUCGUCGGCAUGCUGGCCGACCCCAAGGAGGCCAGGGCGGGGAUCCAGGAGGUGCACUUCCUCCCCUUCAACCCCGUCGAGAAGCGCACAGCUAUCACCUACAUCGACGGCAAGGGCGAUUGGCACCGGAUCAGCAAGGGCGCGCCGGAGCAGAUCAUCGAGCUGUGCAGGAUGCCAAAGGAGGCCGAGAAGAGGAUCCACAGCCUGAUCGACCAGUACGCCGACCGUGGGCUCAGGUCCCUCGGCGUGUCGUACCAGGCCGUGCCGGCCAAGAGCAAGGACAGCCCCGGUGAGCCGUGGCAGUUCGUCGGCCUUCUGCCGCUGUUCGACCCGCCGAGGCACGAUAGUGCGGAAACCAUCCGGCGCGCGCUGCAUCUGGGCGUGAACGUGAAGAUGAUCACCGGUGACCAGCUUGCCAUCGGCAAGGAGACGGCGCGGCGGCUUGGCAUGGGCACCAACAUGUACCCGUCCACAACCCUGCUGGGCGACAAGAGCACGGAGAUGAGUGGGCUCCCCAUUGACGAGCUGAUCGAGAAGGCUGACGGGUUCGCCGGGGUGUUUCCAGAGCACAAGUACGAGAUCGUGAAGCGGCUGCAAGACCGGAAGCACAUAUGCGGCAUGACGGGUGAUGGUGUGAACGACGCCCCCGCACUGAAGAAGGCCGACAUCGGCAUCGCCGUGGACGACGCGACCGACGCCGCCCGUUCGGCGUCGGACAUCGUGCUGACGGAGCCGGGGCUGAGCGUGAUCGUGAGCGCCGUGCUCACCAGCAGGGCCAUCUUCCAACGGAUGAAGAACUACACCAUCUACGCCGUGUCCAUCACCAUCCGUAUCGUGCUCGGCUUCAUGCUCGUGGCCCUGCUCUGGAAGUUCGACUUCGCGCCCUUCAUGGUGCUCAUCAUCGCCAUCCUCAACGACGGCACCAUCAUGACCAUCUCCAAGGACCGCGUCAAGCCGUCGCCCACCCCUGACUCGUGGAAGCUCAAGGAGAUCUUCGCCACCGGCGUCGUCCUCGGCACCUACAUGGCCCUCGUCACCGUCCUCUUCUUCUACCUCGCCCACGACACCGACUUCUUCUCCGAGACGUUCGGGGUUCGGUCGAUCAAGGAGAACGAGAAGGAGAUGAUGGCGGCGCUGUACCUGCAGGUGAGCAUCAUCAGCCAGGCGCUCAUCUUCGUGACGCGGUCGCGGAGCUGGUCCUUCGUGGAGCGGCCGGGCGCGCUGCUGGUGAUCGCCUUCUUCUUGGCGCAGCUCGUCGCCACGUGCAUCGCCGUGUACGCCAACUGGGAGUUCUGCAAGAUGGAGGGGAUCGGCUGGGGAUGGGGCCUCUCCAUCUGGGCAUUCACCAUCGUCACCUACAUCCCGCUCGACAUCCUCAAGUUCAUCAUCCGCUACGCGCUCAGCGGCAGGGCGUGGAACAACAUCAACAACAAGGCAAGCAUUACCGCCUUCACGAACAAGAACGACUACGGCAAGGUGGAGAGGGAGGCACAGUGGGCGACGGCGCAGAGGACGCUGCACGGGCUCAACCAGCCCAGCACAAACACGGGCAUGUUCGACGACAACGGCGGCUACCGCGAGCUCUCCGAGCUCGCCGAGCAGGCCGCCAAGAGGGCCGAGGUGGCCAGGCUCAGGGAGCUGCACACGCUCAAGGGCCACGUCGAGUCCGUCGUCAAGCUCAAGGGGCUCGACAUCGAGACAAUAAACCAGAGCUACACGGUAUGA